GAGAUCCAGACGAAGACACGUAUGAUUCGGAGAUGGAUGCGAUGACUGGAGAAGGUAGUUGGGAAGAAGACCACGGAUUCCGAUUUCGUGUGGCCCAGGGGUCCAAUACAGACUCGGAGGAUGCACAUGGUCGUCCGUUGAGCAAGUCGGAUAUGACCAAGUAUGCCAUUCGCGCGCGGCGAUUUGCCAAUUCGAGGCCUGGCCAUGCUCGAGCUCGUGCGGGCUCAAACGUGUCGGCUGCGAGUGGAUACAAUUCGACGUCGGGUCAUGGACCGCGAGGGUCGAUAUCGAGCGAGUCUAGAAGCUCGGGAGAUACCGCCGUCAAUCUCACCCGACUCCGUAACGUUACCAAUGCUGUUGCCCCCAUGUCCAAAGUCGAAUCUGCUAUCGCUGCUGCUGCCGUUUUGCGCGCAGCAAAGAGUUUGAGCGACCUCAAAGCCAAGUAUCGAAGGGAUCCAGAAGAGAACGCAGAACCUGUCCCUGUUCGCAGACUCCAGCGUCAGGAAGAUGCACUACCCCCAGAGAUCAAGGCAGCACGACGAGCGAGAGUGAUUCACGCUGAAUUCGAUUCUCGAGCGAGCGUGCACGAAUCAUUUACCCCCAGAACCACAAAAUCAUCCAUCUCUAGCGUCUCUUCUGCCGAGAGCGCCGGAAGCAACCGUUCCUCUUCCCAGUCCCAUUCCUCC